UUCUCUCCGCCUCUCUCUCCGCCUCUCUCUCUCUCUCUCUCUCUCUCUCUCUCUUCCCCUUUUGGGGUCCUCCCGCCGGCAUUGCCAUUUCCCCCUCCGAUUCCUUAAAAUGGAGAGUUCCAUCUCAGUCAUUGCUCUGCUUCUGGUAAUUUCGGUCCCCUGGGCCCUAGGCGGCCAUGACUACGGUCAAGCUCUAAGCAAGAGCAUUCUAUUCUUCGAAGCUCAGAGAUCCGGCUACCUUCCUCACAAUCAGCGCGUCAAUUGGCGCUCCAAUUCCGGCUUGCAAGACGGCAAGGCUAGCGGGGUGGAUCUGGUUGGAGGAUAUUACGACGCCGGCGACAAUGUGAAGUUCGGACUGCCGAUGGCAUUCACGGUGACGAUGAUGAGUUGGAGCAUUAUUGAAUACGGGAAGCAAAUGGCCGCCAAUGGCGAACUUGGCCAUGCCCUAGACGCCGUCAAAUGGGGCACCGAUUACCUCAUCAAAGCCCACCCAGAACCCUAUGUUCUUUAUGGAGAGGUGGGAGAUGGUAACACAGACCACUACUGCUGGCAGCGGCCGGAGGACAUGACGACGGACCGACGGGCUUACAAGAUCGACCCGAGUAAUCCCGGGUCGGAUCUCGCCGGAGAAACUGCCGCCGCUAUGGCCGCCGCCUCCCUCGUCUUCCGCCACUACAACCCCGCCUAUGCUAACGAGCUUCUCUCCCAUGCCCGCCAGCUGUUCGAGUUUGCGGACAAAUACAGAGGGAAGUACGACAGCAGCAUCACUGUCGCGCAGAAGUACUAUCGUUCUGUUAGUGGCUACAAUGAUGAGUUACUGUGGGCAGCUGCAUGGCUGUAUGAGGCAACAAACAACCAAUAUUACUUGAAUUACCUUGGAGAAAAUGGGGACUCCAUGGGAGGAACUGGUUGGAGCAUGACUGAAUUUGGCUGGGAUGUCAAAUAUGCUGGUGUCCAAACCCUUGUCGCCAAGUUUUUGUUGCAAGGAAGAGCGGCUCACCACGGGCCGGUGUUCGAGAGGUACAAGGACAAGGCUGAAAAUUUCUUGUGCUCUUGCAUGAAGAAAGGUACUCGCAAUGUUCAGACCACGCCCGCCGGUCUUAUUUUCCGACAGAGAUGGAACAAUAUGCAGUUUGUUACUAGUGCUGCCUUCCUAGCCACCGUCUACUCCGACUAUCUUUCUUCUGCCGGCGCUAAUUUGAGGUGUGCCACCGGCAGUGUCCAGCCUUCCGAGCUUCUUCGCUUUGCACAAUCUCAGGUGGACUACAUUCUUGGGGACAAUCCGAGGGCUACGAGUUACAUGGUGGGGUAUGGAAACAAUUACCCACGACAAGU